AUGAAAAACCCACAAAAUGCGAGAGAAAUAAAGUCACUUCUCGUUAUUUCUUUCUUCAAUUUCAUCUUUCUUUUUCCUUCUUUCUUUUUCCUUCUUUCUUAUUCUUUCUUUCUUUUUUUCUUUCUUUCUUCUCCCACUACAUACGGUCCAACUCUCUGGGGCCAAACUCUAACUCCGCCUGCCAGGGGUCGAACUAACUCUGCCCUGCCGGGGUCGAACGAACUCUUCUCUGCCUCUCCUGCCGUCCGGGCUCUGCCUGUCUGUUGGGGCCUCACUAUCGUCCGCAUCUUUAGUGUUUUUCUCAUCUUUCUCUUUCUUGUCUUCUUCAAUAUCUCACUUUUUCAAUUCUUGUCUCCCUUGGCCUCUUUCGGUGUUCAUCUCGCUCUCUCUCUCUCUCUCUCUCUCUCUCUCUCUCUCUCUCUCUCUCAAAGAUCUUAUCUUAAUUUUCUCUCAAAACCUAUCUCAAUAUUUCACCUUACCUCUGUCUGUCUGUCUCUGUCUCUCUCUCUCUCUCUCUCUCUCUCUCUCUCUCUCUCUCUCUCUCUCUCUCUCAAGAUCUGUAUCUUACUUUUUCUCUCACUGCCUGUCUCAAUAUUUCACCUUACCUCUGUUUGGAUCUUCUUCUAUUUCCUUUCUCUCUCAUUACCUCGUCACCCUAUCACUCAUUUCUCUCUCUCUCUCUCUCUCUCUCUCUCUCUCUCUCUCUCUCUCUCUCUCUCUUCUUUCACUCUUGUGAAGGUUGUUUUCUCUCUCUCUCUCUCUCUCUCUCUCUCUCUCUCUCUCUCUCUUCUUUUUCAUUUCCUUUUUGUUGUUGUCCUUUUCGAUCUCACACCUUCUCUUUAA